AUGUCUCGAUCGCUUUUUUACGUUGAUUCUCACUGCCGGCAAAGUUGUCGCUUUUUUGAAGAUGGCAAAACAGUUUCAGCAUGUUGUACGGAGAACUGCGGGAACAAGAUAGAUGGCGGCAUCCAGGGAUUCUUCUAUUCCCUAGGAGCCUUUGUUGGUUCCAAGCCUCGUCAAACGAUUGGAAUGGCGAUUCUUUUCACGGUCGUUUGCGGAGCCGGUUUCGUGCGCUUCGAAACAGAAAGCCGCGGCGAAGAGCUCUGGGUUCCGCAAGAUACACGGGCCGAGCAAGAAACGCUCAUGUAUGAAUCCUAUUUUAACAGUUCUACUCGUUUUAAUACUAUGAUUGUUCAGGCUGCAAAUCCGGGGGGCGACGUUCUCACGAAGGAGAUCUUGUUGGAAUCAAUGCUCAUGCAUAGCGAAAUUGCCACAAAACAAGCUAAGCUGGACGGCAUUGACUAUGGGCUCUUGCAGCUGUGUUCUCUGGUCGAGCUUGACCAGCGCCUAACGGGUCUCUCAACAGUACCUCCUUUCAUUGCCGAGCCUGUUUCAGAAGAUGCGUACCGCAAUGUUAUGGCUGGCCUUUUCAACUUUUUGAGCACGUCGGGUUCGAAUGAUAUUGGCAACGUGACCCUAGGUGGUGAUAAUUGGCCGACUACAGAAGCCGAUUUUGUUGCCACGGUGGCGGCCUUUGCAAGCAGUUCGGGGCCCGGAUCAAUUUAUGAUCGUGAUGUUACCUUCUCGCAAGAUGGAUCGCAGAUUGAAGCGUUUCGUGUGGAGCUCGAAUAUGUUCGGCUGACUAAGGAGAACCGCGGAGAAUUGAUUGACGACGCUGCCCGCCAGAUUGACGCCAUGGAUAGUACCCGCGAUAUGGUCAAUAGUUGGGACGACCUACCGACCGCGUUCGCCUACUCUUCCAAGUUCAUCACGAUUGAGGGUUUUAAAAUUAUUCAACUUGAACUUUUCCAGAUCGUUGGGUUGGCAAUUGCAGCCGUCGGCGUGAUAGUUUGCUCACCGUUCCCAGUCCAAUGA